AUGACAACUACUACUAUUACUACUACCAGCACCAUCGCGGCCUCCCAAGCCACUCAUGGCAAUGUACCGAAAGGCUACUCACCAUCAACACGCGUCGAGCCCAUCCCACGUCCUGACUUCCCCCAUCACCAAUAUCCACGCUGGAUAGGCCACAAGUUCACCCCGACUGGCCAGGUGCUACCGUUCCCCGGAAACACAGUCCUUUGUCACCUCUCACAGUCGUCCGCCCUCCACGCAUCUCUCACUGGACUGCACACGCUCCUGUCUCAGCAUGGUCUUUCCCACUGCUUCGCCCUGCUGCCUCCAUCGAGCUACCAUAUGACAUUCUACGAAGGCAUCACGUACCGCAUCCCCACAUCUACGAAUUGGCCGGCCCCAGAAAUACUGCCAUACGACUGUUCUCUAGGCCAAUGCCAUGCACACGUCAUCUCUCGGCUUUCUACUCUCCGUCUCGGUUCAACCGGGGGCGGUCCACCAUACAAGCUGCGUAUUGCCGGCUUCGAGCCUCUGACGGAUGGAAUCGCCUUCAAGCUCGUGCCGGAGAAUGCCACGGAAGAAAAGCGCAUGAGGAACCUGAGAGAGCAGAUGGCCGAUAGUGUUGGGGUGAGGCAGCCUGGUUUCGGUGUGUAUGGCUUUCAUAUGAGCUUGGGAUACUGCCUGAAGUGGCUGAGCGAGGAAGAGACAAAGGAGGUCAGCGAUGUACUGGAUGAGUGGCUGCAGGAGAACAGGACAGUGUCGGAUGAAGGCGUGGAGUUUGGGGCGCCCGAGGUUUGUGUCUACGAUGACAUGACAGGGUUCAGGCGGGUGUUCUAUCUCGAGUGA